UCCAGCAGAGCGGCGUCACAGCGCGGGAAGGAGACAUGUACUGGAAGGCAGCCCACGGCAAAGACAUCAAAAUAAAGAUGGAAGUCUGCCAGAGUGGCUACUACUCGGAGGACUUUAGGACCCAGGAGGUGCCAGCGGGCUUUGACUUCGCGUCUUAUGACUACCCUGGUGAAGAUCUGUCUUUUCUGUUAGACAGCAAGCCGCCUGGACAGCCGCACUAUCCUGUUGAGAGCUGCUACGCCGCGCUGCCCAAAGCUGGUUCCUCAAGCGAUCUCUUCAACAUGGACUCGUACCAGGACUUCAACUGGUGGGCUUCGUAUCCUCAAGCAGACGGGCUGAUAGUGGAGCAGCCUCAAGCCGCCCCUCAGACCUAUCAGAGCCUGGGGCCACAGAGCGGACAGUUCAGCCCGGCCGUGGAGGGAAGCCACAGCCCCUUCCUGACCGGGAAAGCAUCAAACGCGUCACAAAGCGAGUCAGAGUCCGGGUACUCCCGUCACUCGGGCGACGUUUACGACUCGGAUGGUCAGAGGAGACCCUUUUGGUCCGAAUACUCCUCAACCAGCUUCAGCACCGCCCUGCCACACCCCUCCGCACCUUCCAUAGGCCCCGCCCCCUCCCUCGCCGCCAGUCCUCAGCCGUCAGAGCACUACUACCCCCGUGUGGUCAAACGCAAAAACCUUCCACGGCCCGAGAGGGACAGCCACAUGGCGGCCAUGUCCGCCUAUCCAGGUUCUGGCCCGAUCCAGCUGUGGCAGUUUCUACUGGAGUUGCUCCUGGACUCCACCUGUCGCACCUUCAUCACCUGGACCGGGGACGGCUGGGAGUUCAAGAUGUCCGAUCCGACUGAGGUGGCCAAGCGCUGGGGUCAAUGCAAGAACAAACCCAAGAUGAACUACGAGAAGCUGAGCCGGGGCCUCCGCUACUACUACCACAAGAACAUCAUCCACAAGACGGCGGGCAAGCGCUACGUCUACCGCUUCGUCUGCGACAUCCAGGGCAUGCUGGGGAAGACGGCGCAGCAGGUUCUGGCCAGCCUCGACAUUUUGCAAAGCGGCACAGAGUCCUGGCCGUGCCACACGGACUCCACGGCAGCGGCUGGCGCGGCGGCCCCGCAGCACAGCAGCGAGCGAUGGGAGUGAGGCGGCGCCGGGUGCGGUUGCACGGGCCCCCCGUGUUUCAAAGUAAACCCCGCCUCUUCCAACCAUGGCUUCAAGUACCGUGAGUAAUGUCGCCUGGACUUGUCGACCGCAGGGUUGGACAUACAUUCGCGUUCACCCGAAACAUCCAACUUUUUAGCAAAAGUCACACUGAAACUUUUCUUUUUCAUAACACUAAUACUGUGAGAUUAAAGUCAAACCAUGUACCGUAUUUCCUUACAGUAUACGCCUGAUUUUAAUUACUGCCGGGUCAAACUCCUGACACUUCCCCUGUCAUCAUUUUGAAAUUUGAGGAGGCUGAUUUCAAUACCGGUAAUUUAUAAUUGCAUAAAGGGAAGGAGAUUAAAAGCUAUUCAGUAGGAUUUAAGGUCCAAGCUUACAUCACACUCAAAUUUUUACCGCAUACCUUUGGUAAGUGCCGGAGCGAGAAGAAGUUUUAAAAUAAUUAGCGCAUGCUUACUUUUACCGCAUGCCUCUGGUAAGCGCAGGAGUGAGGAGAGGUUUUAAAUUAAUCAGCGCCCCGGCGGCAAUUCAAGGAAAUACGGUAUUUAAAUAAAUAAAUAAUACAUUUGCCCCGCUCUAUCUUGCCACAUAGUCCAAAAAUAUUGUUGUACCGAAUUAAGUACUUUUAUAGGUAUCGUUUAUUGUUGUGUGUUGUUUAUUGAGGAUUCCCAUUAGCCGACGCACAAACGCCUGGCUAGUCUUCCUGGGGUCCUUCUCAAAAGUUCAAAGUAAUAUAAUAAUAAAAAGAUCCAGUUACAAAACAUACACAAAUUAAAUUACAAAUAAAAGAAAGGAAAAGAAAAUUCUCAAAAUAAUAAAUUAAACUAUCUGUCGACAGAUACAGUUACAGAACAAACUCACAUCCGGUUACAAUAAAAGAAAAGAGAAAGCGAAAGAGGGAAAAAAAAGUGAAGUGAAUUAUAUUUAUAUAGCGCUUUUUCUCUACUGACUCAAAGCGCUUUACAUAGUGAAACCCAAUAUCUAGUUUUUACAUUUAAUAGUGUGGGUGGCACUGGGUAAAGUGUCUUGCCCAAGGACACAACAACAGUGGCCAGGAUGGCGGAAGCGGGGAUCGAACCUGCAACCCUUUACCAACCGAGCUAUACCGCCCCUGUAGAAAAGUUCUCAAAACUGAUAACAUGAAAGAUGAACUCUUAAGUCUAAAAAAGUGCUUUUACAGGUUUCUUGAAUGCUCGUAUGAAUUCAGUCGCUACUCCCGGUUAUCGAUUCACGUUGAAGUACCACUGAUAGUCACACACACACACACACACACUAGGUGUGGUGAAACUACCCUCUGCCCAUCCCCUUGUUCCACCCCCUGGGAGGUGAGGGGAGCAGUGAGCAACAGCGGUGGCCGCGCCCGGGAAUCAUUUUUGGUGAUUUAACCCCCAAUUCCAACCCUUGAUGCUGAGUGCCAAGCAGGGAGGUAAUAGGUCCCAUUUUUAUAUGCUUUGGUAUGACUCGACCGGGGUUUGAACUCACGACCUACCGAUGUCAAAGCGGACACUCUAACCACAAGGCUACUGAGCAGGAAAACCAAACAGUGCCAUUUUUCGAUACUUUUGUUGAACUUAAAGUAAAGCUCCACUCUUUCAAAAUGUGCUGACUUGAUGCUAAUUUACAUUGGAUUUGCCAUAGACAGGCUGCUAUUAGCAUUAGCCUUUUUACAUUGCGAUUUCAACACCUCCAUCGCUGGUAAUGGAAACUACAACUAAGAUUGAUGUUAGACUCAAACAGCUGGUGUGUAAUCAGCACCAUGCUUGCAGUAUAAACCCUAUGUAGGACACAACAUAACACAUUCAACAUGUCAAAGAGAGCCAUCUAAUGUCUUGGAAAUGCAAUUAAAACUGGCACUGUAAAUACAAGUUGUUAUGAUUGUUAAUAGCAAUGCUAAUGAGACUCCAAUGGAACAAGAAAACAAAAUUUAGCAACUGGACAGCGCACUUGUCAUAAUCCGAUUACCAAAAUCUAAUUUUGUCAUCAAACAAUUAACAUUUAUCAACACACACAAAAGUUAGUCCUGUUGCGUACCGGUAUGGAUUGCAAAUUACCGAGAAUUGGUACCGUAUCGGUACAAAUGUGAACGGAACUUAUCCCUAAUUGCCGUAUCAAUAUUUGUGUUGAAACUUUAUUGAAACAAAAAAAAAAAAAGAGAAGACCAAUUUUUGGGGACAACACUGAGGGCGACAACAACAACACAA